AUCAGCAAUUAAAAUUGACUACACAAUAUUUUUGUAGAUGAGAAAAUGAAAGAGAAGACCAGUCUACAACAGAACCAAAUCAAUGUAUCAGAGUUGCCCUUGAUUGAUUUUGAUGCAAUAAAAAUUGCCACAGACAACUUCUCAGAUACUAACAAGAUUGGACAGGGUGGGUUUGGAACUGUUUAUAAGGGCACUUUACCAGAUGGAAAGGAAAUAGCAGUCAAAAGGCUUUCAAGGAGGUCAUGGCAAGGUUUAAAGGAGUUCAAGAAUGAAGUUAUACUAAUUGCAAAGCUUCAACACCGGAACCUUGUGAGACUCCUUGGUUGUGGUUUAGAAGGAGAGGAAAAACUGCUCAUCUAUGAGUUCAUGCCUAACAUCAGCCUUGAUUUUUUUAUCUUUGAUCCCAUAAGGCGCUCACAACUUGAUUGGAGAACAAGAUAUAACAUCGUCGAUGGAAUUGCCCGUGGACUUGGGUAUCUCCAUGAGGACUCACGGCUCAAGAUCAUUCAUAGAGAUCUCAAACCUAGCAAUGUGUUGUUGGAUAAAGAGAUGACUGCAAAGAUUUCAGAUUUUGGCAUGGCAAGGAUCUUUUGCGAAGAUCAAAACACUGCUAACACUAAACGAGUUGUGGGAACCUAUGGAUAUAUGUCUCCAGAAUAUGCAAUGGAGGGGAUAUUUUCUGUGAAGUCUGAUGUUUUCAGCUUUGGUGUUAUCUUGCUUGAGAUCAUAAGUGGGAAGAGAAACAGCAGCUACCUUAAGGAGCAUGGUCAAACCCUCUUGGCAUAUGUAUGGAGACUAUGGGAUGAAGGCAAAACCUCGGAUUUUGUAGACCCGUUGUUGAUCAGCUCUUGCCCAAGACCAGAAGUAUUAAAAUGCAUCCAGAUUGGGCUUUUGUGUGUUCAACGAGACGCCACAGAUAGACCCACCAUGUCAAAUGUCAUUGUUAUGCUAGAAAGCGAUUCUGGAGAUCUUCCUCAGCCUAAAGAACCUGCAUUUUCUCUAGGAAGAGGAGCCCACCAAACUGAUCAAUCUUCCACUGUCAUUUGUUCUGUAAAUGCACUUAAUAUUUCUACUCUCACAGUUCGGUGAGAGCAAGGGUGGAGAGUCUGGUUCUACUUCCCUAUGGGGUGGAGGUUUCCAAUGUUUGAUGCCAAGAAUCCUAUUGUGAAUUUUAGAGUUAAAAUGAAUAAUUCUGAAGGCAUUUAGACGUAAUAGAGUACAGAAAGGCCUAUGAUUGAAGUGCCAGCAGAU